ACAAGAAAUAUUGAAUAAGGAGAAUUAAGAGCACGCUUUCUAUCUAUAUUGUUUUGACUUAGUAUUGCUUGUGGUGUUUGGUGUUGGAGCAGUCUACAAAUCAGAAGAAUUAGCAUCAAGAAGUAUCCUAGCUGUUUUGGCAUUAUGGUAGAGCAAAUACUAGCGAGUUCUCUAUGCCUAUUUGGCUGUAGUGCCACCGCAGGUUAUGCCCUUUGUUUUUGGGGAGGAACCCUCAAACUACGGAGACAGCACCGCGGUCCAAUGUAUGGUCUUCAAGGGCGACACCCCUCUCCAGCUGCACUGGACUCUGAAUGGACAGCCGAUAACGAACGAGCACGUCGGAAUACGCAUCAUCAAAAUGUCCCCCAAGCUGAGUUCCUUGAGCAUCGACGCCAUCAAUGGCCAACAUCGGGGCCUGUUCAAAUGUAUAGCCACCAAUGCGGCGGGGACUUCCGAGCAGAGUGCUGAAUUGGUGGUCAAUGGUUAAUAUCCCAACAAGGAAGUGGCUCUUAAGUUAUGUCUUUAUUUCUUCUCCUCCUCCCCCCUCCUCGCCAUCACUCCUGUCCCGCCAACUAUUCGAUCCAGUGCCUCCUCAAAUUCGACCCUUUGACUUCGGCGACGAGGCAUCCAACUCGGGCGAAACCAUGGGCAUUCAGUGCACGGCCAUCAAGGGCGAUCUGCCCAUCAAUAUUACCUGGGCUCUCAACAAUCACACCCUCAACAGUGGUGACCUAGACGUGGUCAUCGGCCGAAUGUCCAGCAAGUCGAGCACCCUGAACAUCGACUACAUAGCCGCCGAGCACCGUGGGGUCUACACCUGUCUGGCUCGCAAUGAGGCGGGCGAGAGCAGCUACAGCGCGGAGUUGCAAGUCAACGGUUACUGCCCCUCGAUUUAAUCGCAGUAGACACAUUAUUUUGGUUUACUUUUCGAUUUCGACUUUUUCGAUUUUAAGUGAUAUCCCCCAUCUAUCCCAGUCCUGCCCAGCAUCCAUCCGUUUAGCUUCGAUGCGGAGGCCAACGAGGGCGACAGCGUUCAGUUGACCUGCCACGUGGCCAAGGGCGAUUUGCCACUGAGGAUCCGCUGGACCCACAAUGGCCUGCCCCUCUUCACGCACCUUGGCGUGAUGGCCAGCAAGAUCGGGGAACGGAUUAGCCUGCUCACGGUAGAAUCUGUCAAGGCCGCCAAUUCUGGAAACUAUAGCUGCGUGGCCAGCAACAAUGCGGGGAACGUGAGCUCAAGCGCCGAGCUGCUCGUCAAUGGUUACCCACUAACAUUCGUAGUCUUAGAUUAGUGUUCUGUUGAUUGAGAUCAUUUUAAACCCACCACCG